AUGACGGAGCUUGUGAACCCCAAUCCGACUGUAUUCCACCAUUCGGAGGAGCCGCUGCGGCGCAGUGCGGCGGAGUUGCUGCGGGAACAGGACGACACCGUCCGCGACCCGCUGGACGCGCUGGAGGUUUACGAACACAUCCGCCGCAUUCGCGACCCGGAGCACCCGAACACGUUGGAGCAACUGCGGGUUGUGCGGCCGCAGCACAUCACCGUGGACGAGUCGCGGCAGUUGGUGCGGGUGGAGUUCACCCCCACCGUCCCGCACUGCAGCAUGACGACACUCAUUGGCCUCUGCAUUCACGUGCGGCUCCAACGCGCCCUGCCGGUCCACACGAAAAUUGACAUCCGCGUCGCCCCCGGCACACACGAACAGGAGCAGCAGGUGAAUAAACAACUGGGCGAUAAGGAGCGAGUGGCGGCGGCGUUGGAGAACAGUAAUUUAUUAAAUGUGGUGGAAUCGUGUUUAAAUGAGUUUGAUUGA